GAGUAUGCGCGGGCCUCGGCGGCCAGCCCCGGCGCACAGCCGCGGCCGGGGCGCGCGGCGCGGGGCGGAAAAGCCUGUUUACACAGACUGCACACCGCCUGGGGAAUAAUGCAGUAAAGGAAGUGAGCCGGCUCGGCCUGACUGCUCCAACUUCCUGCUCUCACACACACACCAGAGGAAAAAAAAAGAGGAGCGAGAGAAAGAAAAAAAAAGGGGGGAAAAAUCAGGAUCUCAUUACAAGAGCAACAGACCGUCUGCAGACGCCUGUCAGCAUGGAAAGUCGGGGGCUUUCGCCCGGUUCCUCCUAGAAAUUCCCCCGAAGAAGGAUCUUGAAAGCUCCCCCACAUCUGGGUAUGGAGAGUGCAAUCACACUGUGGCAGUUCCUGUUGCAGCUGCUGCUGGACCAGAAACAUGAGCAUCUGAUCUGCUGGACCUCCAACGAUGGUGAAUUCAAGCUCCUCAAAGCAGAAGAAGUGGCCAAACUGUGGGGCCUCCGGAAGAACAAAACAAACAUGAACUAUGAUAAGCUGAGCAGAGCCCUUCGAUACUAUUAUGACAAGAACAUCAUCAAGAAGGUGAUUGGGCAGAAGUUUGUGUACAAGUUUGUCUCUUUCCCGGAGAUACUGAAAAUGGACCCUCACGCGGUGGAGAUCAGCCGGGAGAGCCUUUUGCUGCAGGACAGCGACUGCAAGGCGCCUCCCGAGGGCCGAGAGGUGCACAGACACGGCUUGUCGGCCCUCAAAAGCGCAAGCCGCAACGAAUACAUCCACUCAGGCCUGUACUCGUCCUUCACCAUUAAUUCCCUGCAGAACCCGCCGGAAUCCUUCAAAGCAAUCAAGACAGAGAAGCUGGAGGAACAGCCGGAAGACAGCCCUCCCGUGGAAGAAGUCAGGACUGUCAUCAGGUUUGUGACCAAUAAAACCGACAAGCACACCAGCAGGCCCGUGGUGCCCCUGCCCUCCACGUCUGAGGCCUUCCUGGCCUCGUCGGCCUCAGCCAAGGUCUCCUCUUUAAUGUUGCCAAAUGCCGCCAGCAUUUCGUCCGCGUCACCCUCCUCGUCUCGGUCCCCAUCCCUGUCCCCCAGCUCGCCCCUCCCUUCUGAACACAGAAGCCUCUUCCUGGAGGCCGCCUGCCAUGACUCCGAUUCCCUAGAGCCCUUGAACCUGUCAUCGGGCUCCAAGACCAGGUCUCCAUCUCUUCCCCCAAAGGCCAAAAAACCCAAAGGCUUGGAAAUCUCUGCGCCCCCGCUGGUGCUCUCCGGCACCGACAUCGGCUCCAUCGCCCUCAACAGCCCAGCUCUCCCCUCGGGAUCCCUCACCCCAGCCUUCUUCACUGCACAGACACCAAAUGGAUUGCUUCUGACCCCGAGUCCACUGCUAUCCAGCAUACAUUUCUGGAGCAGCCUUAGUCCAGUUGCUCCACUGAGUCCUGCCCGGUUGCAAGGGCCAAACACGCUGUUCCAGUUUCCAACACUGCUUAACGGCCACAUGCCAGUGCCAAUCCCCAGUCUGGAUAGAGCUGCUUCUCCAGUACUGCUUUCUUCGAACUCUCAGAAAUCCUGAUGACAUCUGGCCACAGUUAAAGACUUAUUAACUGAUGAAAUAAAUUUGUCCCCAUGGGCUAGUUUACCUGUGUCAUGAGAAGGACGUUGUGAAACCCUGUUAAUUUGGUUUGCACUUUUCAUAACAUGGAUGGUCUAGAUUUAUGUUAGCAUUUUUAAAACCUUUUUUUAUAUUCAAGUAUAUAUGAAGAUCUGUUUGGCAUUAAGUGAUUUUUUAAUGUUUUUUUUAUAUUCUCUUAGCUCUUAAGUGUUGAACACUGUUGACAGUGAAGAACUUUUCUUAAUGGUUUUCAGUGUAACUAAUAAGGAUGUGAAGCUUUUUUUCUUUCUAAUUCCGCAUAUGCUGAACUAUGCUUAUAGACACUAUAACCAGCUGUGCCUUCCUUUGCAUUUAGUUUUAUGUAAAUGGUUUAUAUAUUUUUUAGUAUUAAGAGAAAAUGUUUGGAAGACAAAAAUUAGUAUCAAACAGCUCUCUAGUAGAAUCAUUAUUUUUCACAAGUAGGCAAAAUGAAAGCUUAUCCAUAUUUUUCUUUUUCGCUUUCAAUUGUAUAAGAAUUGCCUUAGAACCUCUUUUGAACUGAAGUUCAGUAAAUGUCCAAUUUCAUGUUUUUAUAAAAGAAACUAAGCCAUAUUUAGAAAAUAAACAUUCACAAAAGAAAA